ACUCUGCGUGGGCGACGAUGAGUGCCUGAGGUCGUCCACCUGCUGUGGCCGCGGGCGAGAAGUAGUGGGCCGUGGGCCGGGUUGUCUCGAAGGUGGAGACCCGUGGGCCGCUACCCAGAGGUAUCUUGGAGGGAUGAUGUGCCUCGCAGUGUCGUGGCGGGACUUCGGGGACGGAUGGCAUGUUGGGUGGCUUUGAGAGGAAAGUUAGGAGUAGAAGGAAGGUCAGUCGUGAAUUUUGUUUAAAAGGACCACACAGGUCGUAUGGAACACUUAUUGCAUUUUGCUUAGUGAUCUCCUUGCUAUUUGUGCCCCAUAAACCUAUAAGCACAGGCAGCACUUACUCACAGCGGCGAUCGGCCCCAAACCGGUCCGACAAAGCGACUCGCGACAGAGCGCUGUCGCUCGACUCGGUCUUGCCGGCGCUGAACGAUGUGGUGCCGAUUCCCAGCGCUUUGAUAGGCAACGCCAGUGUCGACUGCGCGAGUGACAACCUGUUCAAGACCUCGUAUCAUGACGCGAUUUUCGCCGUCUGCGCUUCGGGUUCGUCCGGGUUCACCGCGACGGGCCUCGACUUGACACUUGACGUGGAGUACCUGCAGAAUCCCGUCAGCAUUUCGGUGCCAAAGCUCACCGAUGGGUCACCACCGUGUGAUAGUGUAGCAAUGCCCACAAAAGUGGCGCCGACAACACGCGCGAUACUCACUGGCAGCUCACUUCCCACGGCUACAUCGAGGCGCUUGAAAGCAUCUGCUCCCAUGGCUAUUGAGGCCAAAUCGUGUACGUGUAAGUCAAUACCUCGUCCCUGCGUCUUCUUGCAUGGUCUGGGUACCUCGAAUGAAAGAGCGGAGCUGCAAGAUACUCCAAAGUUGACCCAGGAGAAGUUCGGUAUCAUCGGAGACCACGCUCCGUGCUGCACCAGUGUCAAGUACGCAGUCAUUAAUACCGUCGACGCUGGGUGGAGGAAUGACACACUGCAGCAGAAGUUCUGUGACUUCUCGCUCUCCAUGAGCGAGUCUAGCGACGUGGCCACGGGGACCAUUGCGGAUACUAUCGUGGUGACGCACUCGAUGGGCGGCCUCGUGAUGGCGGCAGCUCUCGCGAAAGGCAAGUGUAAAUUCGCCGAAAGCACGUCGUGGGUCAGUCUGAGCGCUCCGAUGAUGGGAAGUAUGGCCGGAGACUUCAUACGAGACCUGUGCGACGGUGAAUUCACGAAAAUUGUCGCCGGGGUGCUGGAUCUAAUCGGCCAAUGCCCCGCGUCCACGGCGAAAAAGUCGAUCAUUUACCAGAACGAGAAGUACAGCACCCCGGAAAUCAACGCGGCGUACACUGCAGCCCAGGAAGCCUACCGCGGGAAUGUGACAGCCGCGAUCUGCAGUACGAGCUACCACGGCGUCUUGUCCAAGUUCACGCCGUCCGUUCGAGUGUCUGCUGCAGGAUAUUGGCACUUCACCUGAGAUAGACAGGAGUUUGCUACUGCAAUACUUGAAAAUCCCAAAAUUGGGAUUUUGAUGGUAUGCAUUAGAAAUUGAUAUCAGUUAGAAACAGUACCUGUAACA